AUGCGCCGCGUUUUUGUUGCCGGAUCUCUGCUCCUCCUUGCACGGCCGGCGUAUGCGCUGGCCCCGUGGAAACCAUGUCCUGUAACCUGCGAGAAUGCAUCUCCAUCCGAUUGGACAUAUUAUCAUGAUUUACAGACUAUGAACCGUUGUGGAGAGACCAUGAUCUUUGACCUUUCGCUGUACAAUCCGGUAAACACGUCAGAGCCACUCUUUACGGUGCGGACGUGUACAGCGGUAUCAGCACCCAACGCCGAGAACGCCAAUCCAAGGUCUGAUCUGGAUAUCACAGAAAGCCUAAACAGCGUCCGCUUGUCAACAAAUGGUAUCACAACGCGCCGUAACACCGACAACCUGAUAUCUGCAUUGGAGAGCCUGGCGUCAUAUAUCAAGGGAAGCAACCAGUCUGAAAAAACAAUUCUGUUUUCCAAGAAAGCGGACGCAGUAGCUGGGGUCUAUGCCGGUGCUCAAGUAGAGAGGACCAGCGCAGCAGAAGCCACACAGAACCUCAUCGAUUAUCUCGAUAAUAUCGAUGCGGAUUCUGUCCCGCAACGCAUUUCUAUACAGCUCUGCCCGGAGACCAAUGCCACGAGCAGCCAAAUUUUCGGCGUUUAUGCUCACUUCGAGAACGACGUUUCCGCUGUUCAAACGGCGCUUCGACAUGGAUUGACAUUAGCUGCCAAGGGCGAUGGAUGUUGGUCCUUGGCUCAAAAAAGCGGUAUCACACAGGCGACCCUCGAAAGGUACAACAAAGCGAAUAUCUGCACAACCGUGCAGGCAGGCGAUCCAGUCUGCUGCUCUGCUGGGACACUGCCCGAUUUCUCCGCACAGCCCAAUGCAGAUGGAUCUUGCGCGACUUAUACGAUCAAAGCUGGCGACCUUCAACAAGAACACAUGGGUUGGACCGGGUGCUCGUUGCUGAUGGUCGGCCAGACGAUCUGUAUAAGUACCGGACUACGUCCCUUCCCGCCGCCAAUUUCCAAUGCCGUUUGUGGCCCUCAGGUUCCCGGGACCACCAGACCAACGAAUGGAACCUUAUGGCAGGAUUUGAAUCUUUGCCCCCUCAAUGCCUGCUGUGACGUCUGGGGCCAAUGCGGGAUCACCCCUGAGUCCUGCGUGUGGAAUCUGGCAGACACAGGAAACCCCGGCACAGCCAUGCCAGGAACAAAUGGUUGCAUAUCCCACUGCUCAACAGCAAUCACAAAUAAUGCCGCCAGUCCGCCUAGCUUUGUCAAUAUUGGCUACUUUGAGUCGUGGAAUUUCGACCGUCCCUGCCUGAAUAUGGACAUUUCGAAGAUGGACAGUCAAGGCUACGACAUUGUACAUUUUGCCUUUGCUGGCAUCACGAGUGAUUAUCAGGUCGAUGUCGCAAAAGUGCAGGCUCAAUUUGACGGACUCCUCAAGCUCAAGACAGUGAAACGAGUCGUAUCGUUUGGUGGUUGGAGUUUUUCAACCGAUUAUGACACUUUCCCUAUCUUUCGCGUUGGUGUUUCAUCAGCAAACCGGGAAGCCUUUGCACAGUCUGUGGCCAAGUUUGCUAUUGAUCAUAACCUGGAUGUUUUAGACUUUGACUGGGAAUAUCCUGGGGCUCCGGAUAUUCCUGGUAUUCCAGCCGGUGACGCAGGAGAUGGAGGUCGCUAUCUAAGCUUUUUGAAGAGGGUUCGACAGCUCCUGCCAUCAGAGAAAACAUUAUCGAUUGCCGCCCCCGCGUCGUACUGGUACCUGAAAGGAUUUCCCAUCAAGAAAAUAUCCGAUGUGGUGGACUACAUCGUAUAUAUGACCUAUGAUCUCCAUGGGCAAUGGGACUUUAACAAUGCAUGGGCGAAUCCUGGAUGUCCUACCGGAAAUUGCCUGCGAAGUCAUGUGAAUAAAACGGAGACGCAGUAUGCUUUGGCCAUGAUCACAAGGGCCGGGGUUCCUGCAGCCAAAGUGAUCCCUGGACUGGCUGCUUAUGGCCGAAGCUUCCGCAUGAAUGAAGUGGGGUGCACCGGGCCCAAUUGCACUUUCAGUGGGCCAGAAUCUGGCGCAACCCCCGGUCCAUGCACCAACACCUCCGGCUAUAUCUCCAACUAUGAGAUUCAGCAGAUCAUCAUUGCAGGAGAUGAACCAGACUUAUAUGGAGUGACGGUUACACGCUACGAAGACAAAGGGGACAUAUUGGUUUACGAUGGUGAUCAGUGGGUGUCAUACAUGUCUGACGACACCAUGGCGGCUCGGGUGGAGUGGUAUUCCCAAGAGCACUUUGGCGGCCGAGUCGUUUGGGCGGCAGAUCUCUACAUGGAUUAUGGGAAUAACGGAACAGGCCUACCAUACGAUGAGAUUGACUCGAGUCCGAUGUGCAAUUUCAGCCUUUCGUUUGAUAGCCUGGAGUCCCUUCAAGCUGCUGUAUCGCAAUAUCCAUACAAUUGCAAUGCCCUUUAUGCAGUUGACACACUCUGGACCAUGCUUGACAAGGCGUACGCCAACUAUACCGACAUCAACAACUGUUACAGUGAUAAAUUCGAUGCGUACGUGCAAAAGAUCAAGAAGCCUUGCGGGGAGUUCACUUGGGAUGAGCUGCACUUGGGGUCGUACCACAUGACCCUCACCCUCAGAGAUGCCGAGGGGUUCAGCAAAUCCAUCCUUGAUAAGGCCAGAAUAGAUCCUAGCUGGAUCAGUCACGAUGGCGAGUGGUAUGACUUCCAGGGGUGUGUCACUGGCUCAUGCCCGCCGAACGCCGGUAGUCGUACCUGGUUCAACUAUCCCGCCGAAGCAGAUAGCAUUACAGUUCCUAACCCCAAGGACUUGGUGACUGCUGGCCUUAACAAUAUCAUGGAUACUCGGAUCAAAAUUGCUGCCACUUGGGCAGAUAUGGUGGUCGGAUACUGGAACGGCAGCUACAUCGAUGUGGCCCAGGUACUGUCCGUUCCGGUCUUCAUGCUCGAACAGGCAGUCGACGCCAUGGCCCAGGUUAAGGAUAUCGGUAAAUAG